UUCUCUCACUACAUAUACAUCCCCUUCCCCUUCCCCUUCCCUACUCAUUCUGGCAAGUGGCACCAAAAAGUUAAAAGUGAUACAGCUGAUUUAUUCUGCCUCCUCUUCUUCUUCAUUACUGCUCCCAUUUUCAUCCUCUCUGCUUUGCUAGCUUUCCCCAUACAUAUACUUACAUAUCUAUAUACAUAUGUGUAGAGAGAGAAAGAGAGUGCGAAAUAGCAUUUCAUGAUUUGAUUCCUUCCUUGGAUCAUUAGAUGUAACUGUGGAUGUCAAGGAGUCUGAAGAGACUGGACCUUCUAUCUGCAGAAAUGCCGGCACCAAUGACUGUUGGCCUUGUUGUAUUUCUUUUAUUGGGUGUGUUGGACUUUGGGAAGGCAGAAAUUUACAUUGUGACAAUUGAGGGGGAGCCUGUAAUAAGUUAUAGAGGUGGAGUUAAUGGUUUUGAAGCUACAGCUUUGGAGGAUGAUGAGAAACUUGAUGUAGCCAGUGAAUCUGUCACAUCUUAUGCACGGCAUCUGGAAACGAAACAUGAUAUGCUUCUAGGUUUGCUGUUUGACCGAGGAACCUACAAGAAAAUCUAUAGUUACCACCAUCUCAUAAAUGGCUUUGCAGUUCAUAUUUCCCCUGAGCAGGCAGAAAUCCUUAGACAAGCUCCUGGUGUGAAAUCAGUAGUAAGAGAUUGGAAGGUGAAAAGACUUACAACCCACACCCCUCAGUUCUUGGGGCUUCCAACUGGAGUGUGGCCAACUGGAGGUGGCUUUGACAGGGCAGGAGAGGAUAUUGUAAUAGGCUUUGUGGACUCUGGAAUUUAUCCACACCAUCCCAGCUUUGCAAACCACAUUACUGAGCCCUAUGGACCUCUUCCAAAAUACCGAGGAAAAUGUGAAAAAGAUCCAGAGACAAAGAGGAACUACUGUAAUGGGAAAAUCAUUGGAGCUCAACAUUUUGCAGGAGCUGCUAAAGCUGCUGGUGCAUUCAAUCCUGCAAUUGAUUUUGAUUCUCCUCUUGAUGGUGAUGGACAUGGAAGUCACACAGCAGCCAUUGCAGCAGGAAACAAUGGGAUUCCUGUCAGAAUGCAUGGAUUUGAAUUUGGAAAAGCAAGUGGAAUGGCUCCCCGUGCAAGGAUUGCUGUGUACAAGGCACUAUACAGGCUAUUUGGAGGAUUUAUUGCAGAUGUGGUUGCUGCUAUUGAACAGGCAGUUCGUGAUGGUGUUGACAUUCUCAAUCUGUCAGUGGGGCCAAACAGUCCACCAGCAACUACAAAGACCACAUUUCUAAACCCUUUUGAUGCUACACUUCUUUCAGCAGUCAAAGCUGGAGUAUUUGUUGCUCAAGCAGCAGGGAAUGGAGGUCCUUUCCCCAAAACAUUGUUGUCUUAUAGCCCAUGGAUAGCAUCUGUAGCUGCUGCAGUUGAUGAUCGGAGAUAUAAGAAUCACUUGACCCUUGGAAAUGGAAAACUCUUAUCCUGCAUUGGGUUGUCACCUUCUACUCAUCCAAAUCGAACAUUCACUAUGGUUGCUGCUAAUGAUGUUCUGUUGGAUUCUUCGGUUGCCAAAUAUAAUCCAUCAGACUGCCAGAGGCCCGAACUUUUGAACAAAAACUUGGUACAGGGAAACAUCCUUCUUUGUGGCUAUUCGUUCAAUUUUGUUACGGGCACAUCAUCAAUCAAAAGAGUUGCAGAAACAGCUAGAAGUCUUGGUGCUUCUGGAUUUGUUCUUGCUGUUGAGAAUGCUCCGUCAGGAACAAAAUUUGAUCCUGUGCCUGUUAGAGUUCCUGGGGUUCUCAUAACAGAUGUGAAGGAUUCAAUGGAGCUUAUAAACUAUUACAAUAUCUCCACUUCAAGAGAUUGGACUGGUCGUGUUAAGAGCUUCAAAGCAGUAGGAAGCAUUGGGGAUGGUUUGAGGCCUAUACUUCAAAAAUCUGCACCACAAGUGGCAUUGUUUUCUGCUCGAGGACCAAAUAUCAAAGAUUUUAGCUUCCAAGAUGCUGAUCUCCUCAAACCUGAUAUACUGGCUCCAGGUUCUCUGAUUUGGGCUGCAUGGGCGCCUAAUGGAACAGAUGAAGCAAAUUAUAUUGGUGAAGGAUUUGCUAUGAUAUCUGGAACCAGCAUGGCUGCUCCCCAUAUAGCAGGAAUAGCUGCUCUUGUGAAGCAGAAGCACCCUCACUGGAGCCCUGCAGCUAUCAAAUCAGCUUUGAUGACAACGUCAUCAACUGUCAACAGAGCAGAGAGACCACUUCAAGCACAACAAUAUUCUGGUUCUGAAACCUUGACACUAGUUCAAGCAACACCUUUCGAUUACGGUAGUGGCCAUGUCGAUCCCAGAGCAGCCCUUGAUCCUGGCCUUGUUUUUGAUGCAGGUUAUGAAGAUUAUUUGGGAUUCUUGUGCACAGUUCCAGGAAUUGAUCCUCACGAGAUAAAGAACUUUACAAACUCUGCUUGCAACUACAGUCUUGGCAACCCAUCGAAUCUCAACAUGCCCUCGAUCACAAUUUCACACCUUGUGGGAACUCGAACAAUAUCCCGCUCAGUGACAAAUGUUGCUGAGGAAGAAACGUAUGUAAUUACUGCAAGAAUGGCACCAGAAAUCGCAAUCGAAACCAAUCCUCCUGCAAUGACUCUAAGGCCAGGCGCAACACGCAAAUUUACAGUGACUCUCACACCUCGAACAGUAACAGGACAGUAUAGUUUUGGAGAGGUUUUACUGAAAGGAAGCAGAGGGCACAAGGUCAGGAUCCCCGUUGUAGCAUUGGGUUGUCACCGAUAGUUUGGUUGGCUCACCCUGCAUCAAGAUACUUUGUGAUAUUCUUUGAAUAUGUGAGAAUAAGAUGCAUAAAGUGAUGAGUUACCUUGUCUAGAUAUAAUAUAUAAGAUAUAAAGUGAAAAUGAUGUAAAGAUGUCUAGAUUGAGACUUGAGAGGAGGGAGAGGCCCCUAGUUUCUUUCUUCCCAGCAACAAACAUAUUAAGUUUUGCUAAUUUGUGUUGUAACAUGGUGGAAUCCCUUGCGUUCACCUCUAUAUUGUAAGGAGUUGCCUCUGUUUGGUUGGUUGCUAGGUUUUUUCUAAGUUAGGACAGGAAAUGGCCUGUAGGGUUACAAUGUAUCUUCCACUGGUGUAUGCGCUUCAUAAUUAUUGCAUUCUUAUUUGCAA